AUGGAUCAGCCCAGGCCCUCCACCAGGCAGAAGCCUCCACGGUCAAGGGGAGGGGGAUGCUGUCCAGAAAGGCCAUUCCCCCUGGAGCCUGGAAUUGGGGAAAACGUGACCGUCCAUGAUGCUCUGUGUGUCAAAGUGCUGAAGACCUCAGCGGGGCUAGCGUUGAGUCUGGAUGGAGGAAAAUCAUCUGUGUCUAAAGAUGGGUCCCUGGUCAUUAAAAGAGUGUCCAAAGGUGGUGCCACUGAACAAGCUGGAGUAAGAGAAGCUGGAGAUGAAAUUCUGGCUAUUAAUGGGAAACCCCUGGUUGGGCUCCUGCAAUUCGAAACCUGA